AUGCAGAGGCUCCUGUCACUCAAACUCCUCUCGAAAAUACCUAGAAAUCUCCCAAAUGCGACCACAAAUCCCUCCUCACAAACGUCCCUCUCUCUAAUUUCCAAGGCAAACCAAUGUCACCCAUCACCGCAGCAACUGUUUUCUGUCCCAUACACUACUUUCUUACACUCAUGGAGGCAACAAAAUGUGAAAUUUUCUCAUGGGGUUUUCUCAAACCCACUUUUCUCAAAGCAGUUGUUUGCAAAUACCCAUUUCAGAGGUGAUCUGAGCAAGGUUUUAGUUAACCGCACUGUUGGGCUUGUGAGGACUCAGUUAGGACGAAGAAGUUUUCAUUCCAAUUUCUUAGUUGGUUCCACUCGCCGCAGCUGGAGAUCAAGUUUUGGGAGGUUUUCUACUGAUGGCGUGGUGUUAUGCCUGAUCUUAACUAACGUAGCUGUGUUCUUGUUAUGGCGUGUUGCUGAUAGUAGAUUCAUGAUGAGGAACUUCAUGAUUUCAGUGGACAAUUUUACAAGUGGACGGGUUCAUACAUUGAUAACAUCAGCUUUCAGUCAUAUAAGUACUUGGCAUCUUAUCUCUAAUAUGGUUGGACUCUACUUCUUUGGAACAAGUAUAGGUAGAUAUUUUGGGCCCGAGUUUCUUCUGAAGCUGUAUCUAUCUGGAGCAGUUGCGGGCUCAGUUUUUUACUUGGUAUAUCAUGCCUUUAUAGUUCCAUCACUACAGACACAAAGAAGACAAGUUCUGAGCAUGCAUCCAUCACAAACUCCUGGAUUGGGUGCAAGUGGGGCUGUAAAUGCUGUGAUGCUGCUUGAUAUAUUCCUGUUCCCUACAAAGAUUAUCUAUUUUAACUUUGUGAUUCCUGUCCCAGCAAUCUUACUGGGGAUCUUCAUCAUUGGAAAAGACGUCGUAAGAAUAUUGGAGGGUGACACUCAAGUAUCUGGAUCUGCUCAUUUGGGUGGGGCUGCCAUGGCCGCCAUUGCAUGGGCUCGAGUAAGAAGGGGAAGAUUCUGAAGUCUCAUUUCCUUGAAACUCCAAUUCGGCUGAUAUAAGCUAGGAUGUACCAAAUUGCAUUAUUGCUUUUAUGUAUAAAUUAUAGCCCUAGCUCCUUCCCCCACUUGAAUUUUUGCCUUCUAGGGUGAAGUACCAAGAAAAUGCCCCUUUUAAAUAACAGCAAUAGUCAG